AAAAUAUCAAACCUUUGACAUUCGAUGAGGUCUACAUUCAAAGCAGCCCCUCCAAUUGCACUGUUUACGUUGGAGGUGUCAACAGCGCCUUAACUGCGCUCAGCGAGGAAGUCCUACAGAAGACCUUCACACCAUACGGAUCGAUACAAGAGAUACGCGUCUUUAAGGAUAAGGGCUACGCAUUUGUGCGAUUUUCGACCAAGGAAGCCGCCACACAUGCCAUUGUCGGCGUCCAUAAUACGGAAAUCAAUGCGCAGCCAGUUAAGUGUUCGUGGGGCAAGGAGAGCGGUGAUCCAAAUAAUGCACAGACAAUCGCUAGUCAAGCGCUUAAUCCUGCUGCCGCUGCAGCAGCCGGUUUCCCGUACGGCGUUGGUGCGGCAGCAGCUGCUGCAGCCGCCUACGGGCAACAGCUGGCCGCCACCGGUUGCUGGUAUUCACCAACGCCAACGUAUUCCACUUCAUCGACCACAGCGGCUGUAACACCGGCUGCUGCCGCAUCUGCUGCAGCGGUGCAGAAUCAAUUCUUGCAAGGUAUUCAGGGAUAUCACUUCGGACAGUAUGGUGGCUAUCAGCAAGGAUAUAUGGGCAUGGGCGUUCAAAUACCCGCCACUUGGCAAGGAGUUGCUACCCAAGCGCAAAUCUCACCCGCUCAACAGUUGGCGACGGGUGUGCCUGGUGCUGCCAUACCGCAAGCAGCUGGCGUUGUGGCCUACCCGAUUCAGCAAUUUCAAGUGAGCCCACAGGUAGGUGUCAAUUGUUGCUACUAGAGUAAUAGCAGAAGC